UGGCCAAACAUCUCCUAUCUUCCUUGCUUUUGCUGUAAUUGCAUUUCACUUGCCUCUUUUAGCACAAAGGUUUCUUAAGGAAGCAAAAUGGUUUUACUUCGACAGGGCAUGCAGCAUGUUCGAAAUUACUAUAACGGAGAAGCUCAAAUGCUAAGAAGCAACUUUUCAAGUUCAUUCAUCUCGCAAACAUUCAAAAGCAGUUUCUCGAAGCAAAGAUCAAAGGCAGAGAACAAAUUACUGGCAGCUAAGAAACAUAGCGAAGCAGAAAAGAGACGUAGAAUGCGAAUCAAUGGUCAAUAUGACACCCUCCGCAGUAUCCUCCCCAACUUGAUCAAAAAGGACAAAGCAUCAAUAUUAGUGGAGACUAUCAAGCAAGUGAAGGAUUUGAAGAAAAAAGCAUCAAAACUAGAAGAUAGCCAUGGUACCUCAAAGGAGAUCAAGUUUCCUAGUGGGGCAGACAAAUUGAAUUUGGAAAAGUGUAAUGAUGAUGAGGGUCUAGUGAAAGCUACAUUAAGUUGUGAGGAUAGGCCAGGAUUGAUGUCAUCUAUAUCAAGAGCACUAUUGUCAAUGAAAGCCAAAGUUGUUAAGGUUGAGAUGGUGACAGUAGGUGGAAGAACCAGAAGUGUGCUAUGGGUGCAAGGUGUUGAAAAUGAAAGUUUGGGAAUGCUCAAGAGUACUUUGAAAGUUGUUAUGCAUAAGCCAAGCUUUAAGAUGAGGCAGUAUAUUCAAUAGGUGUUCCUGAAGUAGGAUAGGAUUAUCUUGCUAAUGACUUCUUAUGGUGUGGUAGAGUACUGACUUAAGAACUAUAGCAUGUAAAGCUAAUUACAUGUUUUUUUUCCUAGGUUUGAGGAAUACAUAAUAAUGACUUUAGGGGAUUUAUUACUCAUGUUUACUUUUACAAGAAACAUCAGCUUUUACUUGGUGAAUAUCAUAUUCAACUAUUGAAAUGAAGUGUGAAAUUACAUGACAGAUUAACAUGUAAUUUGUGUUUGUAA